UGGAGUGUGGCACAGCGUCGAGUGACCGUUCGCCCGCGCUUUUCAGGCUUCAGUGUUUCUCUCCGAAGGUUCUCUGUUUUCGUAAGAGGUUGUUCAGUGGUUUUAUCCAGCGGCAGGGGUGCGUCCCUGAAUGUCGAAAUGCCUGUUAAAAGAUCACUGAAAUUGGAUGAUCUGUUAAAAGCAAAUUCAUUUGAUUCUUCAAAAGUCACAAGGAAGAUAAGUGUUACAGCCUAUUCUCCAACAACUGGAACCUGUCAAAUUAGCCCAUUUGCUUCUCCCACAAGCUCUAAAGAACAAGAGAACAAAAAUGGACCAUCAGAUGGAAAGAGGAAAAACUGGAAUCACCUCAGUAUAACCGAAAGAAAGGAAUCUACUACAGAAGACAAUGAUGAAUUCAUGGUGUUGCUAUCUAAAGUUGAGAAAUCAUCAGACGAAUUCAUGGAAAUAAUGCAAAAUUUAAGUAAUAUACAGGCUUUGGAGGACAGUAGAGAGCUUGAAAAUCUCAUUGGUAUCUCCCAUACAUCAGGUGUCUUAAAAAGAGAAAUGCAGAAAACAAAAGAUCUACUGACAAAAGUAACAAAACAAAAACUAUUUGAAAAGAAGAAUUCAGGACUUCCCAACAAAGGCAUUUAGAAGAAAUGCACUAUGAAAACGCCAACUUCUGUAUCUGCCUGAUCAUAUUUAAAGGAACAGAAGAAAUAUUUGUAAUUAAUCUGCCCAAUAAAUACCAGAUCAUAGCACAGGCAGGUGCAUGUCUAGAUAAAAUUUCUUGCAGCUAAUUUAAACUUUCUACAUGCACCAGUAGAUAAUCUCAACGUAAAUAAUACAUUUCUUCUUGACCCUUUAAAGUAAGCCAACAUGUAGAAGAGGAUCUUGACUUAUAUUUUGUAUCUCAUAUGCUUCUAUAUACUUUUAGCCUUUGUGGAUAGACUUAAUAAAGCAUUAAUAAAAAUGGCA